CUGAAGCCAUCGUAGGGUAGCAAGGAAUACACGUUAUCAAGUUAUCCUAAAGCAAUUCCCUACAUAUAAUUAAGCACAAGAUAUAUAACAUCUGCGAUGUUUCCAAGAAAAUGUCGAGGAUGGUUAAUCUUCUUGUACUUCCACAUCCACAACAAAGGCUACCAGUUUUAGCUAGUCUUUAUGCAUGUCGUCUCCCCACAAUUCACACGCGUUCUGCUAAUUCUGUUUCAGAAUCACAGAGGAAGUGGAACAUUGGAUUUAAAGCACCUCGUAGGUUGGUGUUAGGACUUGGAGCCUCCUUUUGGUCGCAGUUUAUGAGUAUGGCUGGUAGAGCCAGAAGCAAACAUCUCAUUGCCCUUGCAAAGCAAAAGGGUGCCAUUGAAGAGGUAUUGAAGAAUGUGGAUUGGCCACAGCAGUUUCCAUUCAAGGAGGAGGAUUUCCAGCGCUUUGAUGAGUCUCCAGAUUCGUUGUUCUAUGAUGCUCCAAGAUUUGUGACACACAUUGAUGAUCCAGCCAUUGCUGCACUGACUAAGUACUAUUCAAAGGUUUUCCCUCCCAGCAACACUCCAGGGGUCUGCAUCUUGGACAUGUGUAGCAGUUGGGUCAGCCAUUUCCCAAAAGGAUACAAGCAGUAUUCUAUAGUUGGAUUAGGCAUGAAUGAAGAAGAGCUCAAACGGAAUCCAGUUCUGACUGAAUAUGCUGUGCAAGAUUUAAAUUUGAACCCUAAACUCCCAUUUGAAGAUAAUUCCUUUGAUGUCAUAACUAAUGCGGUCAGUGUUGAUUACCUAGCUAAACCUUUUGAUGUUUUCAAGGAGAUGUGCCGAGUACUUAAGCCAGGUGGACUAGCUAUAAUGAGCUUCUCUAAUCGUUGCUUUUGGACAAAAGCAAUCUCUAUAUGGACAUCAACUGGUGAUGCUGAUCAUGUAAUGAUUGUUGGGUCUUAUUUCCAUUAUUCUGGAGGCUUUGAACCACCUCAGGCUGUGGAUAUAUCUCCAAAUCCUGGACGCUCAGAUCCCAUGUACGUUGUUUACUCUAGAAAGGCAUCUACAGCGUGAGACACGUUGGAGAGGCUGAUGAUGGUCAAAUUUUAUGGUCUCCAAUAUCACAAAAAAAAUGGGAGGAAGGCAUGUGGGUUCUCUAAUGUUAUAGUCAAUGGAAUUGCAUUUGGUACAAAUAUAAAGUGUAGUAUUUAACAGUGGGGAACACAACUAGCAAUCAAAGACGACAGGCACUUUCCUGCAAGUGCAAAAUAAGAUGUGAGCUUAGGUUUUCUAA